AUGACGAGCGGCCAGUCUACUGUACGCCUAACGCGUUCUCUAGCCAAGUCUAUGGAAUUGGAGAACUAUGUAUCUCCUGCAAAGAAAACAAGAAUGCAAGACGUCAUCCCCCCACCUACACCCGACUCGAAGGUGAUUGUUCUUGAUGCUGAACCAGGGCUGGACCAUUAUGAGCUAGGUGUGCAAAACAAACCCCUCACGCCUCCACAAAAAUUGUCAAUGAAGGGUACCACAAGGUUUGAGCUCCCUACAGCCGUCAACUACAGUGACGAAGAAGUGAGUUUUGCUCACUAUAUAUUUGCAGAAGACCUUCCUCCUGAUGAAGCUUUGGUCAAAACAAUGAUGAAAUCAUAUACCAGGCAGACAUUAUGGAGCUUAUGCCCCGAGUCAAGCGUUGAUGCUGAUGUCAUUACAGCGUUAGCAUGCCACUUGACCUUGGACGAAGUUAAAAGAGAUACUGGUCGUGGAAGAGGAGUGUGCUUUCUGCCUACGGAAUUGCAUGAUAUGGUCGUUAAUUAUGGCAUGACAUCUGCAAAGGUAUUAGAGUUAUAUGAUACAAAAUUCCUAUCAAAAGCUCAUAACUGUAGAAAGGUUUGUCUUCCCAUGAAAGAUAUGAUGAAUGAUGAAGGCAUCCACUGGUAUUUAGCUAUAAUUUUGAUGGACCAGAAACAAAUUGAAUUUCUGAACGACUUGUUCGAUGCCUUACACAAGGAAGUUCAAUCAACAUGUGUACCACCACAGAUUAAGGAGUUUUCUUUGACCACUCCUGAAGUUCCUACACAACGACACAAGAAUGAUAGUGGGAUCUGGGUUUCUUCCCAAGAGAGGAAAGCAGGUUCCCAGAAGAGGCUAAUUCAGGAAAGCAGCUUCCCAGAAGAGGCGAAUUCAGGGCUCAAGGAUAUCUAG